AUGUUGGCUAUUUUUGCUCAAAAUGAUAAGGAAUCUUGGGAUAUUCGAUUGCCACAGCUAGCCUUAGCCAUUCGAGCAGCCAUAAAUGAAUCGACAAGUCAAACGCCUGCAUUUUUAAUGUACGGUCGGGAACUUAAAUUGCCUCUUGACUUAAUGUAUGGUCCAGAAGUUGAUGUUCUUGAUGAAUUAAGAUCAUCCGAUGAAGUACGGACCUAUACAGAACGUCUGAAAGCAAUUUUAGAGUCUGCGCAUGAAUCGGCUAAAGAAAAUCUUGAAAUAGCUCCAGAAAAUCAAAAAUCAUCCUACGAUUUACAUCGUAAGAAUAUACAAUUUGCCGUAGACGAGAAGGUUUUGAUGGCAAAUACCGCUGGUUCCGCUUUAGUUACAUUUGUGCAUAAUAAGGCACCAUGUAUGCGAGCAGACAAAACCCAACAUUUGCUUCAAGACAACAAUAUGAAGUUUUGGGGUAAUGACAUCUGGCCAGGAAAUUCGCCUGAUCUCAAUGUGGCAGAACGUAUUGGAUCAAUAGUCAAAGAUGAAGUUGAGAAAAAAAUAUUAUCAGAGACUGGACAUAAUCAAUAUCUUGAAGAUACACUCAAAGUGCAUAUAACAAAUGUUUUGACCAAUAUCGAAACGGACGUCGAUUGA